AUGACAAGUAAUAUAAUUCCAACUUUAACACCAAUUCAAAAGAAUAAAAUUCUAGAGAUAAUCAAAAAUGAAAUAAAACAAUGGUUAGAAUUCACAGAUGAUCGUUUCACCAUUAAAGAUUGUUCGAAAGGUUACGAUAACAAUGUUUAUAUUGUAAAUACAGAUGCUAUAGAUAGCGAGAGGGUGGUAUUGAGAAUACCGAGAUUGUUAGAAGACGAAGACUGCCCACCGAUGCACACUCCAAGAAUGCAAGCCGCUAUUUUGAAGGUGUUGGGUGAUCAUGGUUUGCCUGUUGCCAAGUUGUUGGCAGUUGAAGAUUCCUACUUGCUUGAGACCUACAUUGAGCAAUGUGAUCUCAGUGAAUUCUACAGAUCGACUCUAGACAUACCAGAUACGGUCGGCCAGCAUAUCUUUAGUCAAGUAGGAACGGUUCUUCGUGGUAUUCAUCAGAUAGAAACGGGUGGACGUUAUGGCUAUCUUCAAACACUCGAUCUCCGUGGUGACAGAGAUCACUGGCAUCAGUUCUUCAGCGAUAUACCCUCACAGAUCGAAUCUUGUAAAGAAAACCAACUCUAUCGAUUGAAAUUGAUCGAUGACUAUACAAACAACGAAGAUCUAUCAAGAUAUCUACAACAAUAUUAUCAAAAUAGUAUAGAUCUAUUGAAAGAAUUGGAGGAACAGAACAAUUAUAUUAGACCAAGAUUGAUUCAUGCAGAUCUUUGUAGUAAUAACAUUAGAGUAAGAGGAAAGAAGAGCAACAACAAUAAUAAUAAUAAUAGUAAUGCAGAGUUAGAGUUAGAGUUGGUUGGUAUUAUAGAUUUUGCAGAUUGUUUGGCAGGUGAUGGAUUAUAUGAUAUCGGUAGAAUAUUAUCACAUUGUUAUUGCAAUUGGAAGUUCAUAGAGGCAAUCGGUAGUACCUACACAGAAAGCGGUAAAUUCUCUUCAUUACAGAUUAAACUCAUUCAUUUCUAUGCAUUCUCAUUUUGUAUAUGGUUAUUAGAUAGUUCGUUAGACGAUGAUAAUGAUAUCAUUAAAUAUAAUACAAUUUUAAAUAAUCUAUUAAAACUUAUUAAAUCAAACUAA